AUGCAGAUUGCACGGAUCAUUAUUGGAGACCUCAAUAUCACCAUCAACUCUCAAGAAAAUAUCUCAAAACCUGCUUCACCUAAAUCCAUCAUCAACAAAUGCAUCAAAGAGUGGCUACUUCAGACCGACUUACUGGAUGUCAAAUUCUCAGGGUACCCAUACACUUGGAACAACCACAGACAAGACAAUCAAUUGGUGGAGGCAAAAUUGGACAGAGCACUAGCGAAUACAAAAUGGAAUGACAUCUUCAAAUCUGCAACAAUCUACAGUUUCACAGCUUUUGGUUCUGAUCAUGCUCCAAUUUUACUCCACAAAAAUACUGCUGAGAGAGAAUACAAGAAACCAUUUAGAGUCUAUGAAAACUGGAUUCAACAAGACUCAUGCAAGGAUGUAAUUGCUAAAGCUUUGAGUCAACCACAACAAGGAUUUGUAGCUUUCCAAACAGUCUUAAUAUUAAAACUCAUCAAGAAAUAA